UAAGCACGUGCUUAUGUUGCUUAUUGGUUAAUCCAGCACUGGGCGCGCGUAUAAAAUCCAGCGAUCGGCCGGCUAGCAUCGCAUUCGUGGACGAUCGAGCAAGGGGUGGACAACCUUACGACUUUUAACUUACAAGACGCGAGUUUUCGAAUCGUUUUACGACGCGGGUAAAAUCGGACAGAUGUGUGAGUAGUACAUUCGCGAAAGAUCGUCCUCCGAGAAACGAGGAAAACGUAAUUCGGAAAUUGUUCGCAAGAUUAACUGUUCGAUCGGUAGUGAAUUCGAUCGAGACGAAUCGUGGUUACGAGUCGUUCAAGUGACGUGUUUGAUUUAAUCAAAACGACCGGUUACGAAGCUCGUUCGGAUUCUCUGUUUCCGGGGAUCUCGAUUUUCGAUCGUUUACCGAAAAUGGCCGACAAGAGCGAAUGGGACUACUCCAUCCAAAACGGACCUAGCACGUGGGUAUCGAAGUUUCCAAUGGCCGCCGGCUCCAGACAGAGUCCCGUGAAUAUCGAAACGGAUCGAGUCGAAUCCGAUCACGAGGCAUUGAGUAGCAAACCCCUGCAAUGGAAAUAUCCGGCCACCGCUUCCCGGACGCUCGUUAAUCCCGGUUAUUGCUGGCGAAUGGACACCGACGGCGAGGGCACUUUUUUGAGCGGAGGACCACUGAUGGACGACGUCUACAAAUUGGAACAGUAUCAUUGUCAUUGGGGUUGCAGCGACUCCAAAGGGUCCGAGCACACAGUUAAUGGCCAGGCAUUUGCCGGAGAGUUGCAUCUGGUGCACUGGAACACAAGCAAAUACAACACGUUCGCCGAAGCCGCGAAAGCAUCCGAUGGCCUUGCAGUUCUCGGUGUGUUCCUGAAGGUGGGCAAGACGCACGAGGAAAUGGAUAAGAUAGCACGCUUAUUGCCGUACGUGUCGCACAAGAACGAAAUGCUGGAGAUCAGGGAAGCCAUCGAUCCCAGCAAGCUUCUUCCCGAUGAUAAUGGCUAUUGGACGUACCUGGGCUCGUUAACGACACCGCCUUGCAACGAAAGCGUCACUUGGAUCCUCUUCAAGAAGUGCAUCGAGGUGUCCCAUCAUCAGCUAAACAUUUUCCGCAAUUUACGAAAAUUCUCUCGUGGAGAGGAAUGCCCUUGUCACGAAAAUCAUGGAGCGGUAAUCAACAACUUCCGUCCGCCGAUGCCGCUUGGAAAUCGCGUGCUGCGCGAGUGCGGCAGCUUCUGAGCCUGUUUGGCCGCGAGCCGGGUCACAACCAGUCGAUGCCGGACGAAAAACGACCAAGGGAAGAAACGACCGACCCAACAGACCGUUGCCCGCCGCAAAAGAAGAAGAAACUGUUAUUUUUUUCUUUCCUGGUUCCCGGCGACGGUCGGCCUUCGUUCCGUACGGUGAAAUCAUUUGUAACUUCGCCGUGAACGCCGAGUGCCUUUUUUUCCACGAAUACAACGACUGCAGGAAAACGAAACUCGGACGAAUUCUUCGGAUUUUCCGCAAGGAAGAUGCUUUGGCUCGUUUUGAAUCGAUGGGAAACGCUGAAAAAUAAUUGAUAGAGUGCUGUCCACUGUUUUAUGUGACCUGUCGGAGAGAAUAUUUUUUAUUUAAUUUUAACGAACUGCUACAUCAUUGAAACGAACUGUAAAUAGGGAUUAGUUAGGGAAUGGCUGUGUCAGGGAUUUUUGGGACGAUGGGAGUAAAUUUCCGGAAGAUGUGGACAGCACUGAGGUAUCUAUACGGUAACCGUCCGCUAAACGCGCGCUUUUGGGGCUCUACGUAUAGUGUCCACGCAGAAAAGUAUUUAAAAUUAAUAGAACGCGUUUUAAAUAAUUACCGUGAACGAAAUAUGUUCCUAAUUGCGUAAAAGGGGGAAUUGAAGGGAUAUAAAUACAAAUUAGCGAUGGCACGACCCAGAACGUUCAACAUAUCAGUGUGCCUUUUAAACGGUUAAGUGAAACUGUAGGUUCCGUUAUUGUUUUACGAUCAUGACGAUAAUCGCCAGCUGAAUUCCACCUGAAUUCCAAGUGCAAUUAAACGUAGUCGAGACGAGAAGUUUGACUCUAUUAGAGUAGCAGCUAGAUUAGUCAAAGACUAUUGCGACUGCUUUUUAACGAAUCAGAAGUGUACGUUCAAUUUCGCGUAGUAUCAGAUUUUUUCAAGGAUCAGAGGUACAGAUACUGUUUAUGGGACCUUGUUGACCUUCAACGUAUGCUGUGUGAUCAGCAUACUGACUUCCAUUAUAGUCAAAGUUAUCAGAAUGUAGUAUAGACUCGUUCACUACCUAACCUAAAUUUGAGUCAUUCUAUCAUCAUAGCAAUGUUCUCAUUAUUACAAAAUUAAGUCAACGCAAUUAUAGGCUGAAUUUUUUAAACAAUUUUCUUAACAUGUAAUCACUAUAAAUGGGUCUACUAAACAGUAUUUUUUCUCUGUGAAUAUUAGGUGAAACUGAAUGAUUGAAGUAACGGUUUAAUUAAAAUUGUGUAAAGUUUGUUCUACAAUAACGGGUCCGUCCAUUACUGGAAAAUAUUUAAAUGGUUUAACAGAAAGAGAAUAAUGUUGUUGUUUACUGAAUAUUGUUUAAUAUGUUCAAUGUAUAAAUAUUAUAUAUGUAUACACGUAUGUACGGACGAUAUUGUCCAAAAUAGAUGUUUGCAGUUUGUAUAGUUUGUACAAGUUUGCGAGGCUGUUGAAGGGCAAAGAUUAACCUACGACCGAUAACAUAGCAGAACGAUUUACUUUUAAGAAAUCAGUUAAUUAACACUUUGACUGGAACUGUAGAAUUCUAAUCGAACCAAUCACUUAUUGAUUGUUCGAUCGUUUAAUCAAAUUAAAUUCACCGAUGAUUCAUUAACAGUCAACGCGUUAAUUACGACACGUUACAGUCUGAAACCUUGCAUCUUCCAUCGUUUAAAUCUCGUUCCUUCGAAUUUGGAAUUUCUAAAUUUGAAUAUUCACAGCAGUCUUCUCGCACUGCAUUAUCGGUAGCAGGUUACUGAUCAAGCUCGUUAAAUUCCUCUCCGAAAUCUUUCUUUGCCUUUCAAAAUUUCGACGAAAUCAGAACGAUAUACGUACUCCAGCAAAAAUUAGACAAGCGUGAAUAGCGUGCCAUUUACUGUAUUUAAUAUUAACCGACGCGUGUACGAUCUUCCCGCUAAGUCAUUACAAAAAGCGCACGAAGGAAAUUGCUGGUUCGACGUGCCUUGGAUUGUGCACGCCCCUUGUGCCUUCUUUAGUCACUUGCGUGAAAUAAUAAUUCUAUACUGUUAUCAUUAACGAUACAUAUAUAUAUAUAUAUAUAUAUAUACAAUAUAUUUACAUUCGUGUCCUAAGUGAUCGAACGCUUUUUGCUCGACGAUUUUCGACACGAAUAACGAUCGAGUUUUCUUUGCAUAUUGCAAUUUUAUUUCGAAUGAUGCUUUGUUCACGAUAACAGCGCUCUGUGUUUCGUUUCGUUUAAUCAGAUCCGGGGCUGGAAAAAGGAAGUAAAUGACUGUAAUAGCCAUUGGCGUAACUGGCUACGGACUGGCUUCAUUCUGAAUCCUAUUGAUUACUGCUUCACUUGCAGAAAUUUGAUAUGUUAUUUGCGUAGGCGUUUGAUGCGUGGUAAUUCGAUGUGUGGAUAUUUGAUGCGUUGCGAGUUGGCGCGUGGAGAUAUAAGCUGUAGUAAUUCGACGCGUGGUAAAUUCAAUGCGUGGUGUAUUCGACGCAUGGUGUA